CCGCAAAGGUAAUCGUUAAUAGCUUUCAUUAUUAACAUGACCACGUCAUUAAACGCAAUCUAAGGGUCGAUCGUACCUCGUCAUCAAUUUCUUCACGUGGUAUCCGAGGUCGAGCUCUUCCCUGUGGAAUUCUUUGUUAAUGUUUGGUCCGUAUCACCCAUUGGCAUCACGCCGUGGCCUCCGAUCCCGCACGCGCUUCCAUUCUCCGGCGGCUGUCUCCAAGUACGUUCCCGGAGCUUGUCGAUCGCCCACUAAUCAUCACCACUCCUUCAUGCUCCAGUUGUGACCCUAUUGUGUCAAUCCUUCUCCUUUCUCGGUUAUACAACCGCCAGCAAGCUUCGACGCGAGUUUAACAGACCAAGCCUCUUCCUCUUGGUUCUUUAUCAUUAUUAAAUCCUUCCUAUCCGGCGAGGCGAUCCACCUUGAGUGUGAAACCAAAGGUUGGUAAUGGAUGCGAUUGCGAAGUCUCGAACCUUGAAAGGUCGCCGAGUGAAUGAUGAGAGGGUGGUCAUCUGCUACCAUCCAGCGCCAUUUCAUGAGAAUUUAUUUAUUUAUCAGCCACGAUGUUCCAAUAAUCAAUGCCUGGAAGUGAUCGCCUUGAGAGGCAUGAAGCUAUCGGCGGUGAGUAGGGUAGGGAUUAAGAGAAAAAAUGGAGCGCAGUAGGCGCGAUUGACUCUUCCCAAUUAAGCUGCAUCUGGCAUCGUCUCUGCCAUUUCUUUUUCUUCCGUAACUGCCGAAUGAGAUAGCGGCGCCACUACCCUUCCUCCUUCCUUCACGUUCCUGCGUUUAUAUAUAACUAUAUGUAAAAGGGUUAUGAAAACCCUCUCUUUGAUGAUUCAUGUCUGACACCCAGCCGCCCUUGUUCUCCAACUUAGCGAGCAGGUCCAAAAAUGAGAAUGGACAAACUCAGCCCACUCACGAUAGCCAUUUUCUCUCCAUCAAUGUCCAAUUUUGGCCCGUUUGUUAAAUGGGUCUUGCUCCCUUCAAUUCAGUUUAGUUUGAUCUGAUUUUUAGUACAUAAUUUUCGACCCAUUCUAUAUAUUUAUUUCCUUCGAAUAUGAAUCCAAAUAUCCGGGUGUAACAUGUAGCGUGUCAAUUAUUGACUAGUCGAAAUUCUUGAUUGACCUCUAAAUGUUGAUUAUGGUGGAUUUUCAACUUCUGACUUGCUCUCAAAAUGAUGAGUACCUUGGAUGAUGUGAUUUUGGCUAUAACGGUUUUCUUAUCAUCAAAGUUUACUGCUUGAAGGUCCCUCUUUGCGUAUCUUGCGAUUGAUCGGGCAACACUGAUAGAAACUAGCAUUUUUAGUACUUCGAUUAAUUGUCGGUUAUUUGCUAUUUCGGAUUCUUUGGGAUGUUUUGGGAAGACAGUGAUAAGUCGGGUAGUAGUUGGUAAUUAUUUAUUUAUAUAAACUGCUUGUAAGUGGGAUUAGGGCAUUAAGCAAAAGAUUAAACCUAAAACCUAAUACCAAUUCCCUUCCUCUCUCUCUGUCAUCCAACUCUUCUUUCCCCUCUCAUCCUUUGAGGCCGAGCAGCACUUCUUCUUCUCCCUCUCCCAAUUCCAAAAUUCUUCCUUCUGCUUCCCAACUACUCUUCCCACCACAAGGAUCACUACCUCAUUGAUCCCCACUUUCUAAUCCCUAGAUAGAGCUCGAUUUUCGGGGUUCUAUCAUUUGGUAUCAGAGCCACGUUCGCGAUCAAACAAAGACAAUCAAGAUGGUGCUGACGAAAUCCAUGACUGCAGCAAAGAAGGCAGCCAAGGCGGUGCAGGAGCAGGCUGCAGCUGGGGCGGCAACGGGACUACCGUCCCCCGGUGAUGGCGCGCACGUGGUUCCCCAUCCGCAGGAUGAGGAGCUGGUUGAUGAGAUGAUCGGUGAGGAGCUCCGCAUAGACUUGGAAAAAAUGGUGGACGCAAUGGAGCAGGAGCGCCGGUCCAGGCAGAAGGGGGAGUGGGCCCGUGAGGCGGACUCGCAGAAGUUGUGGCUCACAAUUGGCGAGCUCAAGGAGAUGAUGGCAGAGGUCCUGGGACACGUCGGAGGUGGCCGUGGCGGUGGGACCGGCGGCGAUGGGUCAGCGGCGGGAGCCGCGGCGGGUGGAGCCGCGGCGCUGGCGUUGGCGCCGAAGGCACCGGUGGUGGCGGCAAAGGCGCCGGCGGUGGCGACCAGGGGGAGGCGCUAGAGGCAGUCGCCGAGCCCGGGCAGGGUGCGAGUGGGGGCGGAGCAGGAGCAGGCCCAGUGCAAGCAGGGUUGGGUGCGGGCCCGAGUCUUUUGCCUACGCCUAUAGCCCAGGAGAUUGCGGCCCGCAAGGGGAAGGCCAAGAUGCCAGGCUAUGACGCGGAUGGGCCUCCAAUGAAUGUUGGGCCAGAGA